AUGGCUCCUUCAAUUGUGACCAUUGAUACAAACGACUCCGACGUCUUUAUGACCUCGCCACCAAAGCCGGUCGACACCCCGCGAACCCUCCUCCUCGCUCCCCCCUCCAUCGCCACACAAGAAGACAAAUUAAAGGCUGUCUUCACCUCCCACCCCCGCACCUCCACCGACCUCCAGAUGCUCGACCGCCUCUCUGCUGGUGUCGUCACUCUCCCAUCAAACACAUACGAUCUCGUCCUUGUUCUCACCGAUGCCAACGGCUCACGACGCGCCGAGGCUCUUCAGCUCCUCACUCGGGAUGUAUACACCGCGCUCGUACCGGCCAUGAAGGCAGGCGGAAAGCUACAAACAGAAGAUGUACCUCUUACAGCCUCCGACGCUAUGGAGGCAGUCUUGGCUGGCCUGGUGCAGAAUGCGACCGGCUUCGAGAAACCUAAUUACGAACAAGCAUCCGCCGUACCACUGAAAUUCGGCCUCAGGAAAAAGAAGACCCCCGCUGCAGCUCCUGUCCAAGCUCCGCCAAUGGGAGGUCAGUUUGGAAGUGGCUUCGCAUUGGAUGGCAUGAAUGGCAACAAUCACGACCGGGACGAUAAUGACGAGCUGAUUAAUGAGGACUCUCUUCUUAACGAAGAGGAUUUAACGAGACCCAUCAUGCCUCCUCCAGAGUGCCAGCCCAAGACGGGUCGGAGGAGGAAGGCCUGCAAGGAUUGUUCUUGCGGUUUGGCCGAUCGGCUCGAGGCCGAGGAUAAGGAGCGCCGUGAGAACGCUGAUAAGAAUUUGAAUGUCCUGAAGCUGAACACAGAUGAUUUGGCUGAGCUGGACUUUACUGUGGAAGGCAAGCAGACCGGGUCCUGUGGUAGCUGCGCCCUUGGUGAUGCAUUCCGUUGCGCGGGCUGCCCUUACCUGGGUCUACCUGCGUUCAAGCCUGGCCAGGAAGUGCAGAUCCUGAAUGACGUCGCUCAGCUGUGA